AUGUUGCCUAUACCGCUGCUCAGCUGCCUUUCCAUUCUUAUCUUUUCUUUGAUCAGUCAACCAAUCGUUGUUUCAGCUUAUCCAAAUAACAGACAAAACGAAUUGCGACAAAAGAAAUGGUACAACUGGAAUGGAGCUGAUAUGGAAAUGCAAAAGAAAUGGUACGAUUGGCAAGGGAUGAAUGCAGAGAAGCGAGAAGAGAAACGAGGGUUAAACGCAUAUCAGGAAGCGAUUCCAAUUCUCCCGAUGAAUCUGGAUCAAUUCGCGCUCUUUGAGGAGAAUUUGAGACGAUUG